ACGGCAGCUGAACGAAAGUCGCCACUCGACCAGAAUCAACCCAAGCCUAAUUUUAAACGCUAAAAGCUUCAUUCACAGUAUGUAACUAUGUCUUUGGAACCCUGUGAAGAAACUGUGGAACACUCCGCUUUGCUCAAACUUCUCUCUGCACUGUUUUAUGCCGGAAGUUCGUUGCUUAUUACCGUAGUGAACAAAACCGUGUUGACAACUUUCAGAUUUCCCUCCUACUUGUGUCUGGGAAUUGGACAGAUGAUCACCACUGUUAUUGUUCUUUAUGCGGCCAAAAAGAGCAAAACGGUGCAGUUUCAAGAUUUCGACAAGAAUGUUCUCUUAAAAAUUUUCCCCCUCCCUUUGCUGUACGUUGGGAACCAUGUUACAGGCCUGGCAAGCACCAAAAAACUCAGUUUACCCAUGUUUACAGUUUUGCGGAAAUUCACUAUAUUGAUGACAAUGAUCUUGGAAGCGUAUAUACUAAGAAAAACAUUUCCAAAGCGUCUUGUGUACAGUGUUGUGACCAUAGUAUUUGGUGCUAUGAUUGCUGCAAGUUCAGACCUGGCCUUUGAUGUGGAGGGCUAUACAUUCAUCCUGCUUAAUGAUGCAUUCACUGCUGCCAGUGGAGUGUACACCAAGAAGAAACUUGGUGAUAAGGGUCUUGGGAAGUAUGGGGUCCUGUUUUACAAUGCAUUAAUAAUUGUCAUUCCUACUGUCUUGGCAAGUGCGUUUACUGGAGAUUUACACAAGGCAGUCACAUUUGAAGACUGGGUGAAAGGCGCAUUUGUCUUUUGUUUCCUUAUGUCAUGCUUAAUGGGGUUCGUGCUGAUGUAUUCCAUCGUCCUCUGCAGCCAUUAUAACUCAGCACUUACAACCACAGUAGUUGGGGCAGUAAAGAAUGUUGCAGUGGCCUAUAUUGGCAUGUUUGUGGGUGGAGACUACCUGUUCUCUUGGACUAAUUUCCUGGGCCUCAGCAUUUGUAUGUCAGGUGGACUAAUGUACUCAUAUAUGACCUUCAACAACAAGAAACCAUCUGGAAGUGACACAGAAGGAGCACAAAAGCUGAAGCUUCAGAUCUCCGAGGAAUCAGCAGGAAAGUACUCUGUCGUCUAAAGGGAUUUCACCACUUGGUGGCGCUGGUCUGCUCCAUAUUGGAGCAUGAUAUUACUUCAGCACUUAUGUGC